AUGAAAUCAAUUGGUCAGAACCAACCAAUAUUCACAGAGUACCUAGUGCCAUGGAAAUACUUCUUCUCACGCAUGAGAGGAUGUCGUCGACACAAAGAAGUUGAUCGAGGAGAGACAACCCUCAACGGUCUUCGUGCGCGCUGGCUGCAGUGCACGUCUUCUAAGGGCGAUUUUGCUAGAAUUUCUCUUGUUCACCUUUUUGUUCGGCUAGAUGCACUGGCAUCGGUGUUCCACCCACCACGCACAUCGUUCUUUGAGGACCCUUGUCCAUCAAGAAGGGCUAUUUCUCGUUGGGCAAUUUACACCAAUGUGAUUAAGAAGGCUGAGUUGCAGGGGGAGGUGUAUGGCGUCGAAUUACCACCUUUAUCAAUGGAUCUCAUGGCGGAGGAGAAGAAGAUGUUUGCAACGGUUGGCGACAACAUUGACAACAUGUAG